GGACUGCUAUGAACUCACGUGGACUUAUUUCUUACGCAGACAAUAUGAAGGAAGCGGUAGUGAAAAGAAGAAAGACAUCAAGAUCCUCCACAGGGACAAGGGAUGCGAACUCGGAAACAGAAGCAGAUCACUCAAACGAUCUUUUACGGAAAUUUUUCGAAAGCCGGUUCCAGCCUUUAGAUAUGCCCACGAACCAGGCGACAACAAGUCAAAUUUAUGAUGACGAGGAUGGUGAGAAUUGUGGCUCUGAAGAUGACUUUGAAGGAUUCUCAGACAAUGAAAGCGAGAGUGAAGAGGAGGUGAUGGUGGUUGAACACGUGGACGCCCGCAAAGAGGAUGUGUUGCUAGAUAAGCAGACCCGUAAAGCGCUUUUGUCUGCCAAAAUCCCAACAUCUGCAGAUUUGUCAGCCAGCACCAAUAAUAAAAAGGACACCAAAUCCAAAGAGGAGGUCGAUAAUGAAACGGAAAAUCUACAGAAUGAUCUCGCACUACAACGUCUACUGAAGGAAUCACAUUUACUCGACUCGGACUCAUCAGACCUAAAUCCAACGGGUAAAAACCGCCACAAAGCUCUAGACUUACGACUGCUAGCCCUUGGGGCCAAGAAAUCAAUAUUCGAGCAAAAGAAAAUGCCCAAAUCGCAUCGAGAGGGUAUUCAAAGCAAAGCUAUAAAGACGGAGACAAAUCGUCGCCGCGAAGCUCGUGAGAAUGGUAUCAUUCUUGAGAAGCCGGUCUUCAAACAGUCAAAAAGUAGUACGAAACGAAGGGAGAGAGGGGUUGGAGCUCCGGCUGUUGGGAAGUUUUCGGGGGGAACGUUACGAUUGAGUAAACAUGAUUUGGCGAGUAUCCAGGGACCUUCUAGGAAAGCUGGGAGAGGUGGAAAGAAGAGAUCUAGAUAAGAGAGGUCGCCGGUGAUAUGGGAUAUCUUUGCCACCUCUAUAGCGGUCACUAUACUUGACACGAGCUGUCGAAGUUUACGUCGUACUACGAAAACGUGUUUGCAGUACAAACCCAACAAAUGGAGCGGACCAAUUUCUCCUCGCCUGUUUUCGCCACUUCAAUUGUCUAUAUGUAUGGUGUGUCUAUGGCAUAAACAACGUGAAGAGCUAACUUUCCGGAAUCCCGGUUUGUGGGACUGCACCUUGGCCAUGGCUCGAUAUACUUCGAGGGACUGGCUAGCAUUAAUAACACCAACAAAGUGGCCGAGCUAUGGCCGAAGGAUUGAGAGCCACGACUGCACUGUGAGGGCUUCCAUAAGUGACGAGUCAUGCUUAGUAUUGCAACUAUGACAUGGCUGGAGGACUUGCGAUGGAGUCAGGAUAACGCCCUUCUACUCUUGGAUGACACUAUCGAUUGAAUGACGGUGUACAUAUCUGGCAAGACUAUGUGUCCUGCUCAACAUUGAACAUGCGAGAAUG